UCCCGAAAACGAAAGACGGCACGAGAGAAACUUAAAUAGUAGGUCUGUCUUAAUAGCCUUGGUCCCGAGACGCAAACUGAAUGUCAUUGCAGUAGAUUCGAUCACGUGAGUCGGCACUGACAGCUUAAUUCUAGUGUCGUGUCAAUGGUGCAGCUUGGCCUCUCAAAUUCGUGAAAGAACCGAGGAAGUCCUCCGAUAUCAAAACGCCACACGGCGUCACUGUAUGCAACUUUAUAAUUGAUUCGAUUCAGGAUCGAUACUAUGAAGAAUUGCGGGUAUACGUCAAAGAGGAAGUUUGUUCGAAUUUGUAUAUUUUCCUUGGUUUCAUUAAUUAGAACAUUUUGCAACUUAGAAAAUGUUCGAUAUCGAAAAGCAUAUUCAUGUUUGGAAGCUAAGAAUUCAAAUUUUGCAAAUAUUUAUAUACAGUAGCUCGAUAGGAAAUUUUUAUGAAUAUACUUAAAAAUGUCAUUAGUACCUCAAGUGUAACUUAAAUCUGAACAUAUUCUCAAAUUGAACUCAGAAUGCCAUCUGAAGUAUAGUGUGACAACUUGUAAUUUAAUAGUGGAUUGUAGUUCUACACGUGAUAUGAAAAUCUCUUUUAUUUAUCAUACCUUAUAUAAGAUUAAAUAUUGCUAGUAUAUAAACAAAAUCAUGUUGACACGGUUAUGUGUACGUGUUAGUCAAAAACUGUUAAAUACAAAUACAGGAUUUCACAAAACGACAGAAUGUCACUUUAGCGGUCUCGCAUAUCAUAUAACAAACGGUCCUUUGAAACGGGAUUGUGUAUUAAACGUUCAUAAACUUUCGAAAAUUCAUAAGAUUUAUUUCGCUCGGUAUGAAAGCACAGCUAAUACAGCAAUAAAGGAAAAUGCAUCAAAUACGCCACCAGAUUCACCUGUGUUACAAACACAAAUAACAGAUCUAAAUAAUUCAGUACCAGAGAAAGAUCUAUUAAAUGAAAUACCAGAUCCACCUCUUCCACAAAUACCAUUGCCUACAGAAAUUACAGAGGUUAUUAAACUGCAUGCAAAUGGGGAACCUACCUUUGAAAGUUUAGGAUUAGGUGGAUAUGGUCCUGUAGGAAUUAUUCAAACAUUUUAUGAAUUACUUUAUGUUAAUUGUAAUUUACCAUGGUGGGCCACAAUUAUACUAACUUCAGCACUUAUCAAAUUUGCAACAUUUCCAUGUACGGUAUCAGCACACAAAAAUAGUAGCAAAAUGACCAACGUUCUGCCAAAAAUGGUAAAAUUACAGGAUAAUAUAACUGAAGCAAGAAAAUGUGGAAAUUUUCAAGAAGCAACUAUAUAUGCUAUUGAAUUACAAGAGUUACUCAAGAAAAAUAAUAUUAAGAUGUUUCCUGUUUCGAAUUUUUUGAAGAUCGGAGCACAUCUGCCAAUAUUUUUUGCUCUACGAGAAAUGACUAAUAAACCUGUUGAAAGUUUAAAGGAAGGUGGAUUGUGGUGGUUUGUGGAUUUAACUAGUGUUGAUCCAUAUUAUCUGUUGCCACUGGGUACUAGUAUAACAUUGUAUGCUGUUACUUCAUAUACAUUGAGGAAUUCACAAAAUUUGACUCCAAUAAUGCGAAAUAUGUUCAAAGCAGUACCAGUUAUUUCAUUUAUAUUUGCAAUGAAGUUUCCAGGGGCCAUUUUGUGUCAUUGGGCUAUUUCAAAUAUUCUAACCGUAGUAGAAAAUCAAGUAUUGCAGUUAAAGAAAGUAAAAGCAUAUUUUAAUAUCCCUUCUAUACAGCAAGAGACAACCAAAAAUAUAGUAAAGAAUGACAAAGGCUUCAAGGAAUCAUUCUCUGAUGCAUGGACUAACAUGAAAAUAUCUAACAGGUUAGCAUCUUAUUCACAUGCAGAUUUAAAACAAUUUAAUAAUGCUGCUAAAGGUCCACUCCCAAAGACAUAUAAAUACAACCCAGUAAAAAAUUUAUCAAAAGCAGCAUCAACAACAUCAAUGACAACAACGAAAAAAUGAGAUUUUAUGUAUAUAAAAUUUCUUUAUAUAUUUAAUUAGUUAAAAAGAUCUAAUUAUAAUAAUUUGAAAUUUAUGUCAAUAAACUAGAAAAUAAUGAUGAGA